CAGCAAGUGCAAGACACAUCGACAUUUUGGCGGGUUCGUGCGUGACAGGGCUUUGUCCACAGAGCGAGUCAGUAGUGAGCGCUCCUUUGAGUCCUCAGUAUUAUACGCCUAGGAUGACUGGGACUGCUGGAGUGAGCCCUGCGGUGGUGGCAGCCGCUGAGGCGUAUGUACGCAAAGAGCUUGCAGCCACCGAUGCCUCGCACGACUUCGCACACAUCCAACGAGUGCGCGCCAACGCGCGCAACCUGGCACAGCUUGAGGGCCUAAGCGCCGACGCCACCUGUCUGGUUGACCUGGCGGCCCUGCUGCACGACGUACGGGACUGGAAGUAUAGCGGCAGUGAUGGAGCCACCGCAGAGGCGGUCCAGGCCUUCCUGGCCGACCAGGGCGUUGCCCCCGACACGGCACAGCGGGUGCUGUACAUCAUCAGCCGGGUGGGCUUCAAGGAGGAGCUGGCGGCAGGAGGGGCGGCCGAGGCGCCUCCUGUGGCUGUUGACCUUGCUCAAGAGGCGGCGAUCGUGCAGGACGCCGACCGGUUGGACGCCAUUGGCGCAAUCGGCAUUGCGCGCUGCUUCACCUUCGGCGGCGCCAAGCACCGGGUGCUGCAUGACCCCGAGGUGCCGCCGCGCGACCAGCUGAGCAAGGAGCAGUACAUGACGGGCGGGGAGAAAUCCACAACCAUCAACCAUUUCUACGAGAAACUGCUCAAGCUCAAGGGACUGAUGAAGACGCCUGCUGGCCGCCGCAUUGCAGAGCAGCGCCACGCCUUCAUGGAGUCCUACCUCACACAGUUCCACGACGAGUGGGCGGGCCACGCGUGAGGCGUGAGGCGGCCGUUAAUGAAGACGGAGUGGAUGUAAAUUACAAGGGGAGCUGUGGCUGCAGGGGUCCGUGAUUGGAGUAGGUUGUGGCUGAGUGGGUCGUAUUUUGCCGAGAGGGGACUGAGAGGGGGCCGUCGCUUUGAGUCUCUGGCGAGGGCUGGCGGGCUUUGUUGCAGGAAUGGCGAGGUGAGAGGAAGGGAUGUGGCUGGGGUAGCUAGGCACGUACGGUGGCCAGGGUGGCCCCACAGUGGCAAACAACUGAAGUGAGAAGGGAUGGAGUGUAGAGGCAUGGGCCGCAUUUGAUACCAUACAUGGUCUUGAAGCAAGCCCACGCCGGCGCCGGCGCCAU